AUGGACUUAUCGAGUAAAUAUCAAUGGGAAGAAAAAGGAACGCUUUCCGAUCAACAUAACCUUGUUGUUACUCUUUUACAACGUAAAAAAAGCCAACCACACGUCAGGCCAUAUACUACACA